AUGCCCUGGUAUCUCCAACUCAACCCUCCUCCCACAGAACAAUCCCCUCUCUCCCCCCGCCAAGCCAUCCCCCCCAUUCCAGAUCACUCCCCUGAGAUCCUCCCAUCCCUCCUCGACUGGAUCUCUGUCACACUCGGAAUCGACGACCUCACCCUUAUGGACCUCCGCGCUCUCGACCCCCCACCAGCCCUCGGCGCUAACCUUAUCAUGAUCAUUGGAACCGCCCGUUCAGAGAAACAUCUCCACGUAUCCGCCGACGGCCUCUGUCGCUGGCUACGCGCAUCCUCUCACAACAUCACACCUACUGCAGAUGGACUUCUCGGUCGUCAGGAACUCAAAGUAAAAUUGCGCAGACGCGCAAAAAGGGCUCGUUUGAUGUCUGCUGUGGGCGGUAAGGGUAAUGAGACGGAGUUGGAAGAGGGAAUCAGGACCGGAUGGGUUUGUGUUAAUCUUGGGAGGCUGAAGGGUGGCGAAUUGCCUUUGACACAGGCGGAGGAGGAGGCUCAAAAGAAGAUUGUGGGGUUCGGGUCGAGGACGAACGGAUGCCAUGUUGUGGUGCAGUUGAUGACAGAGGAAAAGAGAGAGGAGAUGGAUCUGGAAAAGUUGUGGAUGGGCAUUUUGAAUCGAAGUCUGAAGGCUAAGGAGGAUUUGAUGAAGAACGGUGAGGAGGAGGGGCAGGAGGAGGUCGAAAAUAAGAUGGACGUAGACGCAGUUGAAGAUGGUGGAGACGAUGGGAAGGUGAUUGACGAGGGAAAGUUGGUUGACGGGAAAUAUGUGCCCUUUUCGCCUGCUUUUGCAAAAAGCACAACCCGGCGGAAUGUGCGGGCGUAG